AUGAGCUUCACUGAUACCAGCCUGUCAGACCAGGAUGACGAUGGUGCCACCGCCAUGCACUUUGCUGCCAGUCGUGGCCAUGCCAAGGUCCUGAGCUGGCUCCUGCUCCACGGAGGGGAGAUAACCAGCGACCACUGGGGAGGGACACCCCUGCACGACGCGGCCGAGAACGGGGAGCUUGAGUGUUGUCAGAUUUUAGUGGUGAAUGGAGUGGACCUGGGGAGCAGAGACCAUGAUGGCUUCUCAGCCACGGACCUGGCUGAAUACAACGGACACACGCAGUGCGCCAAGUACCUGCGCAACGUGGAAAACAUG